CACAUUUCCUGUUUGUUACUGAACAAAGUACACACGAAAGAUUUCAAGACACAGAAGAGAGAGAAAACUGAGGCUCUGUUAAAGACCAGUUUUACUGGCACACUGUUUCUAAAGCAACAGAGCAACAUUACUUAGGGAAAAAAAGGGUUGUGGGAGGAUUUUUAACCCAUAUAUUUGCCUUAUGGCUACAUAAGGAUUUCUCUGACAAAAGAAGCAUGCCAGGAAACUCUGAAUGCCAAUAUUAUGUCUGGGUAAUUCUAGCCUUUUUGGGAUUAGCUCUGAUGGUAUCACUGAUCUUCAAUAUUUCCCACUAUGUGGAAAAGCAGCGACAAGGUAAAAUGUACAGACACACUGAAGACUACAUUCCCAGGGAGGAUGAGUAUUAUAUUGAAGACACACCAAUUUAUGGUAACUUAGAUGACAUGGUCCCAGAACCAGUGGAUGAAAACUGUUAUGAACAAAUGAAAGCCCGACCAGAGAGAUCUGCAAAUGAACUGCAAGAAGCUACCCCACCUACACAGGUGACCGAGGAAGCACAGAUGUUCUAUGCUCUCGUGGAUCACAGCUGUGAGGGGAAGCGCAGAAAGCCCAAGAAACAGAAUACUGAUCUGUCAGACAAGGAUGAAGAAAAGCCAUUAUGUGCAGCGGAUGCCAUUUUUCCUAAGACCACUCCAGUAGACAGCUUCCCACUUGAGAGCCAGGAAGUAGAGGAAAAUGUUCAUGAUGAUCCCAUCAGACUGUUUGGAUUGAUUCGUGCAAAGAGAGAACCUAUAAACGCGCUGGACUAUGAUCUAGCUCAAUAAUCUGGCUCUUACUCGAAACGUUAAAGAAAAAAACAUAAUUUGGGAGGGUGACAGUCUAAAUCAUUUGCUAGUGGGAUGGUGGCUUACUUCUUCUCCACAUCUUAUGUUCAUGCACACCAAAUGUAGUGCCAUGAAAAUUAGUAAAUGCCUAAGUAGUAAAACCUAAAAUAAAAUCAAGUUUGUCAACUGCACCUAAUAACAAAGUUACAAUUUCACCAACAAUACUUAAUUAUCAGUGAAAUAAAAUUUUUAAAAAUGUUUUAAGCAUAAAUAUAUUCUAGAACAUGUUGAAAGAAAAGCAAAAGUCGCUUUUUAAAAAACAUUUUUACUUCCUCAUCAAUAUGGAACACCCCUUAAUUGAAUGAAAUUUCUGAUUGAAAGCCACGGGACAUUGAAUAUAUUCCUAACAGAAGUAGAAGAAUCUUCUUAAGAAGUAUUUUUCCCCAAUGGAACUACCUUUAUUACUUUAAAAAAUUAUUAUAAAGUUAAUGCUUAUCUCUUAUAAUAAUAAACAAAUCUAAAAAAGAAUUUAGAUAUUUCACUAGCCAGAGAUAAUCACUGUGAGCAACUUUCUAUAUCCCCUUCUAGAAAUUUUUUGGGGCAUGCUCAUGUACAUAUAUCUGUUGUUUGCUCUUUCUUUUAUACCAAAAAAGGGGAGUGGCUAUUUUAUACAUAUUAUUUAAACAUUUUUCACUUAAUAUA